AUUUCGGUCAGCAUAUCUUCAUGAAACAAAGUCAGUGUCGGUUUCUUGCAGCUGAGAAUGUCUGUACCGUCCACCAACUUUGAACUUGUUUGUGCUUCGUUCGUGCAGUCAUCGUCCACUUGUUGGUUUGAGUUUCGUUUUUCGUUCCUCGAAAGUAGAAGGCAAAAACAGAAUAAGUAGUGCCCGAACUUAAGCUUUUCACUUAAACUGAAACUCGCAUCAGUUCCUAUAUCUCGACCCCGAUCUAUUUCCUUAUUCUAAAGUGCUUUUUAUCCGAAACAGACUAUCUAGCUUUUCUUGAGUACAAGACACAACAUUUCAAAUCACGGUAAGUUGAAACCAUCAUAAGUUCCAGCAAAAACCAAGUGCCACAACCUCAACCUCUCUGUACUUCUUUUUCCCUUGUGACUCUUAGUACAACCGGUCUCAGACGCGGCCAUGUCUGAAGACGAGCUCACCUUUUGCGGUGAGUGCGGAAACGAGAUCGACGGGGAGUAUUUCAUUGGUCCGAAGGGGAAGCCAUGGUGCAACAAGUGCGCGAAGAAGGCCGCAGGGAAAUGCAGCAUCUGCAAGAAGACACUUCUCGGCGCGGGGGAGGUGCUACACGUGGGCGGGCAGGCGUUUCACAAGAACUGUUUUAAGUGUAACAUGUGCGGCGCACCCAUCAUUGGCGAGUUCAAACGAAAGAAGAACGCCAUUGCCGAUAAGAAAAAGCGGGAGAAAGUCGGCGACACGGAGUUUAUCUGCAUGGAUUGUUGUCCCCUGUUUGAAGAAUUCGAGAUUCAAGACUUCAAGCAGAAGCAAACCGGACGGGGACCGUCUCUGGAUGACUUGGGUUCCGGCGAAGAGCGAACCUGCUGCGAAUGCGGAUCAACGUAAGCGUUUCGGUUUAUUGUUUUGAGAACAGCUGCUUUUGGCUUAUUUUCCUUUUGUGUUGCUGUUGUCCUUGUUGCGUCCUGUGAUGAAUGUUCAUCGAGUGUUUUGAUGUACUUCGUUGUAGUUGUAUGACUAUUUUUGCUUUUUUUUUUACGAAAAUUCAAAUUAAUUGGAAACUUGCCUCAAUGUUGUCAAUCUGCAAGAAAAACGCGCAUGACAGAUUCACCGGCGAAUACAAGAAGAAGAAGGACCUGAUGCCAGACAAGAAGAGCAAGAAAAAAUGCAAGGACGACGAGUAUGUCUGCAUGGACUGCUACGCAAACAGAAUUUUGAGUUAACUCAAAACUUGUCGUGCCUGAUAUGUUGCAUAAUAUGCAUGUAGCUGUAAGACAACCUCCUGCAUAGAUUUAGAUUCACGCUCCGUUUCCUCGAAGAGAGAGAAAAUAUGGAUAUGCAUGGCUGAGUGCUGGUAUUUUUCCAACGUGUUAGAGUUAGUGUUAAUGAACGGCUUAUGCAUAUGCACAGUCUAAUAUGUAUGAAUAACAAUAAUUAGUGGUGGAUACUGCAAUUUCGUCGGAAGCAGGAGGAGGGAGGAGGAAGAAGAUGAUAGAUGAGGAAACGAAACCGAAAAUGAAAUCAACAAAUUGAUUUUGGAGAUGGAGCUGAAGGUGGUUGCAGCGGAUGUUGCGGAGGAGAUUGUAGAAUGGUGGUUGUGGUGGUGGAACGAGAUUCGCUACUGACAGGCGCAAAUGAUAUCGCACCGAUAUCUUCGAAGAAGAAAAACAAAUGCACUACCCACCCGCCCCCCGUCUGCUCUCUCGCUUCGCUUCCGCGUCGCUGCCCGCGCCGCCCCCAGUUUUUGCAAGGCAAAUUUUGACCGGACUCAAAAUUUCUCAAGCAUAACUGCGCGCCCAUGCUGAUGGCUACAGUGCAGUGGUAA